UCGGAGCGGCCGCAUGACAGUCCGCGCUCGGUGCUCGCUGAGGAACGUGUCUGGAAGACUGUAGAGUAGAGGUGUAGCGGCUAGUGUGAAGUUACGUAGGAGUAGCGCGAGCAGUGGUCGGUCGUGUGGGAGAGCGAGGCGGCAGCUGUGUGCUCAGUGUUGGCUGAGGAGUUGUGUGGUGUCGCGGGGCGCGCUUCCCCCCUGCGCCUCUCAUUUCCAUAUGGGCGCCCCCCCCACGGGGAGGUGGCGGUGGUGGGCCAGCCCGCGCAUACUCGCCGCCACAUUUACCUACUAAUUCUCGCCGAGGCGUCAUUACUAUGUGCAGACGGUGGGUGGCGGCCGCGGAGGUGCCACGCCAGUGAUACUUGUGCAUGUGGAGUGGUGGUUGUUGCCGCACAGUGUGGUGCUGUGGCGCAUGGUGCUAGUGACGGGCCAGGCACGUGCAGCCUACCCAGUGGCACGGCCGGGCACGGGGGCGAGGCCACGCACAUACCAUCAGAACAAGAGAGGACAAGACGCGAGUCAGGAACUUUGUGAGAGGGGCGUGCACUCACGUACCCAGCCCAGCCUCGGCUUGAGUAUGAGGCACGGCCAGGCCAGGGACGAUGUGGACCACAGAUGGUGCGUGGAGGUUGAGGGCUGUGACUAGCGGAGGCGCCGUGUCCGUGCCGCCAUGCCCGGAGAGGAGCUGGGAGAGCCGCCUCUGAAGGGAUGCCCCCCGGCCCCCCCACACCCUCCCACUGAACCUCAAGAAGCCCCUAGCCAGACGCAGCAGCAAGACCCUCCGACUAUGAGUCCUGAGGACGCCCCCUCUACCUCCCCCCUGGCGGGCGAGGAAGGCCCAGGGCCCCUGCCGCAACAGGGCCCCAACGCCACCUCCUCGUCGUCGUCGGCGUCGUCCGCGUCGCCGCCAGCGACGUUCAACUUGACGUGCAUGACGUGCCACACGCAUUUCACGUCGGCGGAGCAGUACACGCGGCACCACUGCGUCGCGUCGGGCGCCGCGCAGGACGCGAUGAACGAGUCGUCGAGUGACGUGGAAAAGUUCGACGGGAAGAUCGUGUACAACCCCGACGGGUCGGCCUACAUCAUCGACUCGGAGAUGAGCGACGACGACGGCGUGGCGGGGCUGGAGCUGCCGCAGCACGAGGGCUCCAUCGUGGACUCCCCGCGGCACCCGCUCUCCUCCACCGCCGCCCCCACCAUCCCCACCAUCGCGAACGCCAUAUACGUCACGAAGAACCCCGCCUUCUAUACCGCCCUUUACGGUCAAACCUUCACCUCGCUACUCCAGGAAAACAAAGUUCCUGACGUUCCCAUUGUUCACAACUACAGGGUCUUUACCGUUGGUGAUAAAGACAGUGAAAAUGAAUGUAAAGACAGUGAUAACAAAAAUGAUAGUUCCAGUGAGAAAACAAAACUUCCAUUAUUAGACUACUCGCAAGUUCCAAUUAAACCUAUAUUGAUGUGUUUUGUAUGUAAGUUGUCUUUUGGAUAUGUUAAAUCUUUUAUUGCCCAUGCGAUGGGCGACCAUAGUGUAGUGCUGCUGGAUGAGGAAAGGGACCUUUUGGCGUCAAAGAACGCUUCGGCCAUCAUCCAGUGUGCGGGCCGGGAGAAGGAGCCGCGAGUGUCGUUCCUAGAGCCAGUGCGCCCCUGCAGCAGCCAGCACGGGGACUCCCUGGCCACCCUGCUGCCCUCCGGGGCUCCCAGCGGCCCCUCCCCCAGCCCGCAGCCCGCCAAGGCCGCACACAACAACGACGACCACCAGGACCUCGCCGAGGACGAUCAUAACACACCUGUCAAACGUGAGAUGACCGACUUCUAUGACUUAGUCCGUCAGCAACAACAGCAACAGCAGCAACAACAGCAGCAGCAGCAUCAACAGCAGCAACAGCAACGGGCAGACCCCUUCGCUGCUCCCCAGCAUCCGGCUGCUGUCCGGACGCCAGACCUGAGCCGCAAGUCGCCCAUCUCCGCCCUGGGCGCCAACGGCCGCGCGUCCGUGUCGCCCGUGACCUCCAUGUCGCCCACGAGCUUCUCGCCGCUGCAGUCGCCGGUGACGCAGCUCACCGGCACCGUCAUCGGCGCCUGCCCCGAGCACAUGAGCGGCCGCCCCCAGGGCGUCAGCUGCGACAAGUGCGACCUGAUCCUGCAGCAGUCGCGGACGCUCGGUGGGCAGAUGGCGUUCAUGCACUCGCGCAACUCCUGCAAGACGCUCAAGUGCCCCAAGUGCAACUGGCACUACAAGUACCAGGAGACGCUGGAGAUCCACAUGAAGGAGAAGCACCCGGAGAACGAGUCCACCUGCAUCUACUGCCUGACCAACCAGCCGCACCCUCGCCUCGCCCGCGGGGAGACCUACACCUGCGGCUACAAGCCGUACCGCUGCGAGGUGUGCAACUACUCCACCACCACCAAGGGCAACCUCUCCAUCCACAUGCAGAGCGACAAGCACCUCAACAACAUGCAGGAGCUGCAGAACGGCGGCAUGCCCAACCUGGACGGCUCGCAGGCCCUCACGUCGCAGCAGCAGAGCCCCUCCGGCAGCAUCUACUCGGCGCCCAAGACGCCGACGCCCUCCACCACGCCCGCGCCGCCGCAGCAGCAGCAGAAGCCCAAGCCCAUGUGGCGCUGCGACGUGUGCAACUACGAGACCAACGUGGCGCGCAACCUCCGCAUCCACAUGACGAGCGAGAAGCACACGCACAACAUGAUGGUGCUGCAGCAGAACGUCAAGCACAUGCAGCAGCUGAGCGCCAUGCAGGGCGGCGGUGGCGGGGCCGGGGGCCAGAUGGACCCCAUGGCCCUGCUGCAGUUCGCCGGCAACCCCGCCGCGGCCGCCGCCAUGAUGGCCGGCCUGGGCGUGGGGGAGAAGCCGCCCCUGCCGGAGGCCGCCCUCGCCGACAUGGCCUACAACCAGGCGCUGCUGAUCCAGAUGAUGUCCGGCGGCCAGCUGCCUCCAGGCGGUCCCCUGGGCCCCGGUGGCCCUAUGGGCCAUGGCCCUGGCGGCCCCGUGGGCCACGGCGGCCACGGAGGACACGGACACGGCGGGGACCACCCCGGGCCGCACUUCGACCUGGGCCUGAACCCCGAGUCGCUGGAGCCGCCGCCGGAGCCCGUGCCGCCCAACCCGCGCCACGCCUUCACCUGCUGCGUGUGCUCCGUCUUCUCGACGGACUCGCUCGAGCAGCUCACGCUCCACCUUCAGCUGGACCGCUCCAAGGUCAACGAGAACGAGGUGCUGCUCGUGGUGGCCGGCAACUACAUCUGCAAGCUGUGCUCGUACAAGACCAACCUCAAGGCCAACUUCCAGCUGCACUGCAAGACGGACAAGCAUCUGCAGAAGCUGCAGCACGUCAACCACAUCCUGGAGGGCGGCCCGCGCAACGAGUGGAAGCUCAAGUACCUGUCCAACACCAACCCCAUGCACGUGCGCUGCAACCUGUGCGAGUACUACACCAACAGCGUGCACAAGCUGCAGCUGCACGCGGCGCACCAGCGGCACGAGGUCCUCAACGUGCUGUUCCGCCACCUGUGCAUGGCGGAGCACAACAUGCACGACGACCGCCGCCAGUACACCUGCGUGCUGUGCAACUUCACCACCCGCGCCAAGCUCCAGCUGUUGCACCAUAUCCGCUCCAUGCGCCACCUGCAGAUGGAGCAGUUGCACCAGAUCCAGCGGCACGCGGAGGGCAAGGGCGGCACGCAGCAGGACAUCGGAGACAUCUUCAAGGUGGAGGAGGCCGACGAGGACGGACGCCACACGCCGCACGAGGAGACCAAGGAAGAGGGCCGCUCGCCCGACCACGUGCAUGCCUGCCCCUUCUGCCACUUCACGUGCGAGCUGGAGUCUAGCCUGCAGCAGCACGUGGACAGUGAGCACGGAGGGGAGAAGAAGGCCGGGCUGAGGUGCCCCCUGUGCGAGGAGGCGUGCCCCGACAUGCCCUCCCUCGAGAAACAUGCCAUCAAUGUUCACUCGGUCAACUCCGAGGGCCUCCAGAGGCUCAUGCUGCUGGUCAGACUUAGCGCCGCAGCGGGCAAGGAGGCCGAGGAAGAGGAUCACUCGCAGCAGCACCAUCAGCAGCCGCAGCCGCCGCCGCCGCCGCCGCCGCAAGCCGAACAGAUGCAUCCGGAACAGCAUCUCCGUCUGCCCGGGAAGGCGGAGGAGAGCCAGCCAUCAGGUGGAGCAGGUAAGCGAGGUGAUGAGCGGAGCGUGGGCCGGGAGCAGGAGGAGUGUGGUGUGUGUGGGCUGGCGUGCGCCUCGGUGGAGGACCUGGUGGCGCACCAGGCGGCCGUGGGACACACGCCGCUGACGGAGACGCCGCGGGGGCCAGGAUACCUGUGCUGGAAGAAGGGCUGUAACCAGUACUUCCCUUCGGCUCAGGCGCUGCACAGUCACUUCCGGGAGAUCCAUGGCGCGGCGCCCAGGCCGUCGAUCGCCGUGUCAGAGAGGCACGUGUACAAGUACCGCUGCCAGCAGUGUUCUCUCGCCUUCAAAACAGUGGAGAAGCUGCAGCUGCACUCGCAGUACCAUGCGAUUCGGGAUGCCACCAAGUGUCUGUUGUGUCACCGCAACUUCCGCUCGCUCACGGCUUUACAAAAACAUGUCAGCUCUGACCACCCUGAGCUUUCAGCGGCGGAACGACACCAGUUCCAGGCAUCCAUCGUGGGGGCGCCCGUGGGCGCGGGGGCGGGGCCCGUCCUCGACCCCAGCACCACGGCGCUGCUCCGACUGGAGUCUAAUAAGGACGACGAGCCCGAGGAGCUGUCUCGUGUCGAUGAGCCUCCGCUGCCUCCGCAACAGCAGGCCAUCGAGGACUACCUCAACUCUGACACGAUGGCUCUCGAUAACUACAGCGACCCGGCGCGACGCUUCAAGUGUCACCGCUGCCGGGUCGCCUACACGCGCCAGACCUAUCUCUCGGCUCACCAAAAGACGUUGCUCCAUCGCAGGGGAGAGAAACUCACCUACCCGAUGGAGAAAUAUCUUGACCCCAACAGACCAUACAAAUGUGAUGUUUGCAAAGAGUCAUUCACGCAGAAAAACAUUCUGCUUGUACAUUACAAUUCAGUCAGUCAUUUGCAUAAGCUUAAAAAAGCCAUGCAGGACAAAGAGACCAAAGGAUCUCCGAGCAGCUAUCAGACCCAGUCUGAAGGGAGCGGCGUGGAGGCCGCCGGGUCCGCUCCCCCGGGCGACGGCUUAGCCAGCGCCUCCAGGGGCGGCGGGGGGGCGGGGCCCGGGGGCGAGGAGGAGGAGCGCAACAAGCCCUACAGGUGCCACGUGUGCCGAGUGGCGUACUCGCAGCAGUCGACCCUGGACAUUCACCUGCGCUCAGUGCUCCACCAGACGCGCGCCGCCCGACUCCCAGACUUCCUGGCCACCCACGCCCACCCAGACCCCUCGCGCCCACUAGUCGACCAUCCGCCCACACCCACCAGUACCCCGCAGCCCUCCCCCGCCCCACACCAUGACGCACACACUCCUCGCUCCCCCUCAACCCCUCAGGCUACCCCUCCAGGGGGGCAUUAUCAGGGCAUUUCCCCCUCUAAUAGCAGCAGCGGCAGCGCCCAGGGAAGCUGCGAUCGGUGUGGUGGCGUGUGGAGCAGCCCGGAGCAGGGAGCGCAGCAUGCAGUGCUGUGCGGGCUCAUCCCCCCUCACCUGGCCUUCCUCCCGCACGCCGUCAGCACCGGUGUCAGUCAGCCAGCCACCCUGGACGCUGCCUGGGCCUCCCUUUGCGGGGCCGGCGCCGCCCCCCUGCCCCAGACUCAGCCCCCCGACCGCUCUCUCUCUCCAUCUGAAUGUUCCAUAGAAUCUCUCUCUACCUCUAGAUUCACUGUACCUUUCAGAAAGUCUUCACGCCUACACAAGCACUUAUUAGAAAGCUUUGGCUUUGACCUAGUUGUUCAGUAUGUUGAAAAUCAACAAUCUUGUCCAUCAAAAGAACCCGAGCAGGGGACUUCUGAGGACUCUAAAGACAGAUCCAAUCCUGAUCUACCAGAACUUAGUAAAUCUAAAUGUCCUCAGUGUUCUAAACAAUUUUCUAGUGUAUGGGUUUUAAAAGCCCACUUAGAAGAAAUUCAUAAAUCAGGUGUACCUUUUGAUUACCUUAAGACCUUCUCAGAUGAGUACCGUAAAGAGUACAAUACUAGUCGGCAAUGCUCUAGCAGCGAUCCCUCUGCUCUUACAGAUGAGGAGCGAGUCCGGGACGCGGAGCUCAUCCAGGGGGGAGACAAGGGGACUUCAGAUGAGAGAGAGAAAGAGGCAGAGUCAGGCAGCAGGAGCGACGCCGCGGCCACGCCCACGCCCACCUCUCGUGCCACGCCCACACCUGGUGUCACGCCCACCUCCAUCUCUGCCGCCUCCAUCUCCCCCGCCGCUGACCAGCAGGGUAUGAACAUGCCGUCGCAGAUGGUCGAGAUGGCCGCGGCGCUCAAUGCCCUGACGGCGGCGCAGAUGCAACAGAUGCAGUUCAACCCCAUGAUGAUGGCGGGGCUCGGGCUGGCGGGGCUGCCCCUCCAGCUCAACCCCCUGGCGGCCAUGAACCUCCAUCCGCCCCUCAUGCCCAUGAUGCCGCCCCACAUGUUCGAUCCGGGCGCCCUGGCCAACAUGCAGCAGCAGACACCACCCACUUCGCUGCCUUCAAACCUGCCCAAUGAUGCAUCCAUGUUCCUCAAGCAGCAGCAGCAGCAGCUCUUGCAGCAACAGCAAGCCGCUGCUGCCGCCGUUGCCGCACAGCAGAAGAGGGCUCGCACACGCAUCACCGACGAGCAGCUGAAGAUCCUGAGAGCUCACUUCGACAUCAACAAUUCCCCGACCGAAGAGCAGAUCAACGAGAUGGCCAAGCAGAGCGGACUGCCUCCCAAGGUAAUUAAGCAUUGGUUCCGUAACACGCUGUUCAAAGAGCGACAACGCAGUAAAGACUCGCCCUAUAAUUUUAGCAUCCCUCCGUCCACCACACUUAACCUGGAGGAGUAUGAGAAGACAGGUGAAGCCAAGGUCAUGCCACUGAACCCGGACGAGGCACGGGAGAUCGUGGCGCUCAACAGCUCCCGUGAGGAGGACAAGAUGACCGAGCGGAUCUCCAAAGAGCAGGAAGAAUCCGCACACGACCGCGCCGCCACCGCAUCCCCGCUCAACAAAGUUCCUAGUCUUACACAAGACAAUAGCCGAGUACAAGAAAAGAACGGGGAAGGUAUAGGCGGCAACAGCAACUACGAGAGCAGCAGCGGGAGCGGGAGCGGGAACAGCAGCAGCAGCGGGAGAGGGAGAGGGAGCAGCAGCAGCCACCCUUCACAACCCCUGUUGCCCCCGCAGCCCCAGCAGCAGCCACUAGGCAGCGGACCCCAGCUGGUGUCCUCGGCUUCCUCGUCGCCGCUGGGCCUGCCGGUGACCUCGUCGUUCAGCUCUCUGGCCUCACCGCAGACGUCACUCUCGCUCAGCUCACUCAUUACCUCCCAGCUCGAGUCUAACCCCAUGCUGGCUCACAAGCUGCCUCACACACCACCCACAGUUCCUAGUUCUGGCCUUAUUCCUCCAAGCUCAGGUGUGAGCCCCACGCCUCCGCAUUUGUCCUUCCCGUCAGCCCCCCAGACUCCCACCUCUUCCGGCACUGGCAAGCGAGCAAACCGCACCCGCUUCACUGACUACCAGAUUAAGGUGCUACAGGAGUUCUUCGAGAACAACGCCUAUCCCAAGGAUGACGAUCUGGAGUACUUGUCCAAGCUGCUCAGCCUGUCACCUCGCGUCAUUGUGGUGUGGUUCCAAAACGCCCGUCAGAAGGCACGCAAGGUCUACGAGAACCAGCCACCCCUUGACCCGAAUGACGAAGGUGCAGGUAGGUUCACCCGGACGCCGGGCCUAAAUUACCAGUGUAAGAAGUGCUUGCUUGUCUUCCAGAGGUAUUAUGAGUUAAUCAGACACCAGAAGACUCACUGCUUCAAGGAAGAAGACGCCAAGCGAUCCGCUCAGGCGCAAGCAGCAGCGGCCCAGGCGGCAGCUAUGUACAGCGAUGAGAACUCUAAUCACUCAAGCAUCACCGAAUCGUCGCAGCAGUCAGGUAGCCUCGAUAACAAACCUUCGGAAGGAUCUUUCCAGUGUGAUAAGUGCAGUCUGGUAUUUAACAGAUUCGAGCAGUGGCGUGAGCACCAAAUAGUUCACCUCAUGAACCCUGCACUCUUCCUGAACAAAGGUGCAGACUCCCCAUUCACCAGCAUACAGCAACAGCAGCAGAGUCAGUCAUCGCAGCAGCACCAGCUCCCCUCGGGUGCUCCCCUUCCCAUACCACAGGCUAGUCCCCUGCCCCAGCCCAGCCCCCUAUUGCCACCGGCUUCCCCUCUGAAGCGCAAAGCCGAAGAGAGUGAGGACGAGAGGGAUGGCAUGACGAGCAACAACGAGGGGCAGAGGGAUAAGAGACUCCGCACUACCAUCCUACCAGAGCAGCUGGACUACCUCUACCAGAAGUACCAGAUGGAAGCCAACCCGUCGCGGAAGAUGUUAGAGACCAUCGCUCAAGAAGUUGGUCUGAAGAAGAGGGUCGUCCAAGUUUGGUUCCAGAACACACGAGCACGCGAGAGAAAAGGUCAGUUUAGAGCUCAUGCACAAGUGAUUAAUAAAAAAUGCCCCUUCUGUCCUGCUAUCUUUAAAGUCAAGUCUGCUCUUGAAUCGCACCUUUCCACUAAGCACGCGGAUCAGUACUCUAAGGGAGAUGUGGACAUUGAUGCACUGCCUGAUGUAGAAGAUUCUGGUGUUGGGAACUUCGGCCUGUCUUCAACUCCUUCGGCAACUCAAGCCUCUCAAGUCAUGCCCUCUUCUCUCUUCUCCUCAGAAGUUCCGGAAGACUCGAUAGCCAUGUACCACGAGGAGGCAAUCCGGCGGUACCUCAACGAUGUCAACUUGGCAUCGGACGGUACACGACGGGAAGGUGAGAGCCCGCUAGAUCUCAGUAAGCCAUUAGACCUGGUUCGGCCGUUAGGGUUUGAUUCCUCCAUGUUAGACACUAACGAGCACCUUGAGGAGCAUUCAGAUGAAGAGAAUUACAAUCUGGAUAUAUGUGAACAAGAGGAGGGUGACAUGGCGGUCAAUUCUCAUGAAAGUAACCCCACCUCUCCCGCCUCCUCCACCACCAGCUCCGCCAACAAGGUGGGAUCUCACCAGGGCGGCACCAACAAGAGGUUCCGCACACAGAUGUCAUCAAUCCAGGUGAAGGUCAUGAAAAGCGUGUUCCAGGAGUAUAAAACGCCGACGAUGGCGGAGUGUGAGUUGCUAGGGAGGGAGAUUGGGCUAGCCAAGCGUGUGGUGCAGGUGUGGUUCCAGAAUGCGCGGGCAAAGGAAAAGAAAGCAAAGCUGGCUCUGCAGAAGAUGCUCGGCACGGAGCCCGAGGGACCCAAACCGCCUGAGGAGUGCAAAGUGUGUAACUUUAAAUACAGUCACAAGUACUCUGUUCAGGACCACUUGUUUACGCGUUCACAUAUCGAAAACAUGAAAUCGUUCCUGGAAAAGGCGAAGGAGGAGAGCGACGUGGCUGGCCUGGGCUCUACUCUGAGCUCCAUGUCAUCCGACGGCGACCGGCCGCCCGCGGCACUCACGCCCGUGGCCGGCCUCGCUCACCAGCUGCAGAUGGCUCAGCUCAUGGCUCUGGGCUCGCCGCCAGCUGGUGCAGGGGCCCCUGCCGGUGAGGACAAGAAGGGCGGCCCAGGCGGCAGCAGCAACAGCGAGGACCUGAGUCGCCUGCAACUCCUGCAGCAGAUGUACCAGCAGAUGGGUCUCGGGGGGCUGCAAGGGGCGCCGCACCCACUCCUUCAGCACGCCAUGAUGGCCGGCGCCGGUGAGUAGCGGUCCCCCUCCCUCCAUCACUGUCCGCACCCGCUCGCCCGUCCCGCCCGCACACCACCCAGCGCCGCCCGCACGCUCCCCCGCCCUCCCCCGCCCGCCUCGGCCAGGCUUGCCCCGGGGACCCAGCUGCACACCUGCCCUCGCGCUCACUCCCCCGGGCGAGGGCUCCGGUUCCCGCACCCGCGGAGGAGUGAGGUGAGGCAGGGGCGGGGCACGCCUGGCCGCGGGGGGCGUCAGUGUACUUGGCCCUGUCACGCUUUUCCCCUCCCUGGCGGGCUC